CGACGUUUGUUUAUCUCCCGAGAAGCAAACGGUGACACGCUGACUACACUAUGGAUUUAUUGUAAAAGAUCGGGAUUUCUCCCUUUAAAACGGAAGUACGAUGGCAGCUGGGCCCAUUGCUGAGCGUAAUCAAGAUGCCACCAUCUAUGUGGGCGGCUUGGAUGACAAGGUGUCCGAGGGGCUGCUGUGGGAGCUGUUUGUGCAAGCAGGCCCAGUCGUCAAUGUCCACAUGCCAAAGGACAGGGUCACACAGCAGCACCAGGGGUAUGGCUUCGUCGAAUUCAUGGGCGAAGAGGAUGCCGAUUAUGCUAUAAAGAUUAUGAACAUGAUAAAGCUAUUUGGUAAACCUAUACGAGUGAAUAAGGCUUCAGCACACCAGAAGAACCUAGAUGUUGGAGCAAACAUAUUUAUCGGUAACCUGGACCCAGAGGUUGAUGAGAAGCUGCUUUACGAUACAUUCUCAGCCUUUGGCGUUAUUCUACAGACACCAAAGAUCAUGAGAGACCCAGACACAGGCAAUUCCAAAGGCUAUGCCUUUAUUAAUUUUGCCUCCUUUGAAGCAUCUGAUGCUGCCAUUGAGGCAAUGAAUGGCCAGUAUCUGUGCAACCGGUCCAUCAGCAUUUCAUAUGCAUUCAAGAAGGACAGCAAGGGGGAGCGCCAUGGAACGGCCGCAGAACGUCUUCUGGCUGCUCAGAACCCUCUCUCACAGGCAGACAAGCCUCACCAGCUGUUUGCCGACGCACCUCCACCACCCACACAGUCAGCACCACCCCCACCUGCACCCCCUCCUCCUCCAGCAUCUUCAGGGGUGACCUCAAGUGCACCACCUGGAAUGUCCGUUCCACCCCCGGGUAUGCUUGUGCCCCCUCCUCCUCCUGUGCCUCCCCCACCUGGUACAUCAGCGUCUGUGCCACCCCUGCCCAAUGCGCCUCCCACCACAUCAGUACCUCCACCACCAGGGUCUGCCCCACCAUUACCCCCUAUGCCCCCACCCCCCUCCAAGCCUCCCCUUCCAGGACAACCACCCCUUCCCCCCUCAGGUCCUCCUCCAGUAUCAGGUGGGAACACAGGAAAUUCCGGUCCAGUACCUCCCUAUGGGUAUCCUCCCCGGCCUGGCAUGCCACCCCCACCAUGGCAGGGAGGGCCUGGGAUGCCCCCUCCCCCAGGAAUGCCUCCACCAAGACAUGGCCCACCAGGCAUGCCUCCUCCUCCAGGAAUGCGUCCACCUCCUCCUGGCUGGAGACCACCUCCUCCUGGAGGUCCUCCUGGACGUCCACCCUUUGGAAGGCCACCCUAUCCACCUCGAGGCCCUCAUGGACCCCCACCCAUGCCAGGAAUGGGACCUCCCAUGCGUGGGGGGCCCCCUCUUCCUCCAGGCCCACCUCCAACGGGGGGCCCGAUGCCUCCUGGUCCUCCUCCACGACCUGGCAUGCGACCCCCUCCUCCUGGAGUGCCUGUGUCAAGUGGGCCGAGUGGACCUCCUCCCCCAGGGAUGGGACCCCCUCCUCCGCCAAGACCACCCCUGCCCCCACCACCUCCAGGGGGUGAGAAGUGAUCAGGAUGGCCGUGUGGCAUAGCUCAUAUCACCAGACUUUACCUUCUCUUUGCCAUCAGGAUAAAUAUGAAAUGUAUUUAGAGUAAGAGCUUAUAGGGUUUUCUUUUCUAUUUCAAUAUUUUUUUUGUGUAAAAAAUUAAAAUGAUAAUAAA